AGUCUCUUUUGUAAGCCUGGAAUCUCACCCUGUUUCUCAGAUCAUUUGUAGUUCUCUCCUGCUGUGAUUCUUCUUGAUAACCAGAAAAGAAAUUUAAAAAAUGCCCACCAGCCUUUGUGGGAAAUGGGAACUGCUCAGCAGCAUCAAUUUGGAGGGAUACAUGAUUGCUUUGGGAAUUGGCUCGUCCACUCGUAAGAUAGCGCUGAAGCUCAAGCAGCAUAAGCUGAUCGAGCAGGCCAACGACAAGUAUGUGAUCAAAACUUUCAGCACCUUCAGGAACUACGUCUUCUCCUUCAGAGUGGAUGAGGAGUUUGAUGAGUUUACUAAGGGCUUGGAUGAGAGACACUGCAAGUCUGUGGUGACGUGGGAGGAGAACAGGAUGGUGUGCAUUCAGAAGGGUGAGAAGAAAAACAGAGGUUGGGCUCACUGGAUUGAGGACAAUAAACUGCACCUGGAGCUUUAUUGUGAGGACCAAACCUGCAAGCAAGUUUUCAAAAGAGUGGCUUAAAGUGUAGCUUUAUUGCAUCUUGAUAGGGAAGAAGUGUAGGAGAGACUGGAUGGAACAAGAGCUCACCUUCUCUGACCUGAGCUGUGUUCAUGAAGAAAGCUGAAACUCUGAGGGUCUUCAAGCGUUUGUGACUAAAGGCAAUGUCAUCAAAGGCGGAAGACAAACCCCAGUCCCGGAGAACCACUUUGUUUACUGUUCUUUAGACACCAGAUACAACUCAUUAACUAAAUAUCAAUUUUAAGUUGUAUCCGUUGUUCCAGAACAGUGAAACAAACAGCUGUAAAGUUGUGAACUGAUUGCAUGUUUACAGUUCAAUACACACGAUUUCUAUUCACUAUGUCACCACUAGGAGGCGAUAUAACAUUUAGAAUGGGUUCCUAAUAGUCGCGUUUCCUGUAGUUUUUUUUUAAAUUUUCUAUCUCUGUAAUUUGACUGUUCAUCCAUCCAUGUUUUUAUAUUUUUGUCAGUUGCCUAAUUUCUCAUCUCAGAUAGGGACAUUUCCAGCUUUAUGUAUCUAAAUGUCACCUUCACUUGUACGUUUCCCUUAAAAAAAAAAAAGAUGCAUUUUUAUUAUUUGUGUAAAGAAAGCCUCACAUUCUGAAGGAAAGAAAUGGUCGUGACCUGUAUGCUUAAAAAUCUGCCAAUGUCACACAGGUUGGAUGUGAAGUUUUUUAAUUCAGUGAAUUUGACAAGAAUGUACAAUAAAACUUGCAACAAGUUCAGA